AUCCGAUGGCUAUGUCUUGUUUAUAAUUUCCCGUUCACUUCUUGUCGUUGUGUCGAUUCUACCAUAUCAUAUGAUUCUACGAUACAUAUUUACUCAUCUUAUUUGUCAUAAUAACAGCACGCGCUCUUUCGCGUCAUACAAUGUCUGUGAAUUAUGCCGAAGGUUUAUCAUCAUACGAAAAUAAAGGAGUUUGUGGAUUACCCGAGAACUUUGACAAACCAGACGAGAUUUCUGCAAAGGUCGAGGAACUUGCAGAGCUCAUUCGCGCCGCUAAGCAUGUGGUUGUACACACUGGAGCUGGGAUCAGCACAGCUGCAGGAAUACCAGACUUUCGAGGACCGAAUGGUGUGUGGACGUUGGAGCAGAGAGGAGAGAAGCCAGACGUGAAUAUCACGUUUGACAGUGCGCGGCCAACGCUCACGCACAUGGCGUUGGUAGCAUUGGAGGAGGCUGGAUUCGUGCAUUAUGUCGUUAGUCAGAACGUCGACGGCUUACACGUGCGCUCCGGCUUCCCCCGCGAUCGCUUGUCUGAACUACAUGGCAAUAUGUACAAGGAACAGUGCAAGCAGUGCGGAAAUGAGUACGUUCGAGAUACCGCCGUUCCUACGCUAGGGUUAAAGCUUACGGGGAACAACUGUGUCACUAAGAAAAAGAAUGGUCGGAACUGCAGGGGGAAACUAACAGACACAAUACUUGACUGGGAAGAUUCUCUACCGGAGAAAGACCUAGAACUAGCAGAGUUGAAUUCAAAGCAUGCAGACCUUAGUAUUUGCUUAGGAACAACGCUGCAAAUAGUACCGAGUGGAAAUCUACCGUUGGCUACAAAGCGAAAUGGUGGAAAGAUUGUCAUUGUAAACCUUCAGCCCACAAAACACGACAAGCAGGCGCACAUGCGCAUACACGCCUACGUUGACGACGUCAUGAGGCAACUCAUGCUCCAACUACAGGUGUCCGUAGCCGAAUAUGCUGAACCAAGGCUCGUGCUGUCCUCCUCACGCCCCACCGUCAACUUCCCCCCAAACAACACUGCUGCUGCACAGAAGAAGCAGCGUAAGAGGAAGGCGCCCGCCGCAGGGGAGGAGGCCGUCUCGAGAAAGGCGGGCAGGAACGAGGAAGCGGCGGUCGGCAACGCGCCCGCGGGAGCGACGAAGGAGGAACGAGGCGGCGCGGCGAGUCCGAAACGCGAGCGAUCGUGCACGCCCCCCGACGUCGCGAGACUCGCCCUCAAAGAGCCACCAGGUGGCGCCUGCGGCUUCACGAAGGUCGAGGGAGGCGAUGGAUCGGAAGCAUCACGGCGCUGUAACGACGAGACGUCGCCCUCUGCAGGCCAGUUGCCCACCUCCGGCCGGGGAUCAGACGUCGAGGACUCUAAGGUCGUGAAACGCGAACUAACGGACAACGGCGAGGGAACGGCGUCUUCUGUUCGGCCGAGGGAGAACCCCGACGGAGACGUCGGCUGCGCGACGCUCGCGCCUCUCUCGUCCUCGGUCGCCCUCGCGCGCGACAUCUUCAGCGAGAACAAUUUCGCGAGCGGCGGCGGCGGUGGGCACGACCUCAGGUCGUCCACCCCCGACACUUCUCCCCCCAGCGCCUCUCCCGUGUCAUUGGACUGCAGCGGCGAAGCCACGCUCGCCGCCGCGCCGCACAACGAUCCUGCGGAGGUGGACGGCGGACGUGUCUCCGACGACGACGAGGAGGAGGGCUCGGCGACACCCCAGCAAAAUCUGUCGGGUGUGAAUGGCGGCGGCGGGUCAUGCAGCGGCGGCAGCAGCAGCGGUAGCAGUGGCGGCAGCAGCAGCAGCGGCAGCAGCAGUAGCGGCGGCAGCAGCAGCAGCGGCAGCAGCGUCGUGUCGGACCUGUCUGCGACGGUGAGCGAGACCUUCAGUGUGUCGAGCGUGAGCUCUGCGGCGGGCGAGCCGUCGCGCGGCGACCACGACACGGCCAGCGACGCUUCACGCUGACGGCAGCGUCACGUAGAGGUGACCCGUGUCGUGUAGGUACAGGUCUACCUAACUCCUGUCACAUAGCGGUGACCGCGACACGGCCAGCGACGCUUCACGCUGACGGCAGCGUCACGUAGAGGUGACCCGUGUCGUGUAGGUCCAGGUCUACCUAACUCCUGUCACAUAGAGGUGACCACGACACGGCAAGCAACGCUACACGCUGACGGCAGCGUCACGUAGAGGUGACCCGUGUCGUGUAGGUACAGGUCUACAUGAAGCCUGUCACAUAGAGGUGACACAUGUCAUGUAGCUAUACCUCUACUUAAAUCCUGUCACAUAGAUACACCUGUAACUGCAUUGUCAUGCAUUACACAGGUACAUCUUCACAUAUUCCCGUCACAUACAGGUGACCGGUGGUAUGUAGGUACAUCGCUGUAUGUAGCCUGUCACAUAGAGGUGACCCGUGUCACGCAGGUAUAUCUCUGCAUGAAUCCUGUCACAUACAGAUGACCCGUGUCACGCAGGUACAUCUCUGCAUGCAGUCUGUCACAUAUAGAUGACCUGUCACGUGUCGUCUAGGUACAGUUCUACGUGAAUCCCUGUACUCUAGAGGUAAGACGUCAUGUAGCUGGUACGUUGUCUUUGUCACAUUACGGUGGUGACAUUACAUCACAUAGCUACAGCUCUACUUGAAUCAUGUCACGUAGAGGUGGCACUUGUCAGGUAAGCUAUACAUCUACAUAAACCCUGUCACAUAGAUGCACCUGUAAUUGAAUUGUCACAUAGUAGCAUAAACUGAAUCCAGCAGUAUCAUUCGCGUUUGAGUAUCGCAUUUAUUUUUAUAUUUAUUAAAGGGGCAUUUCAUGCCAAAUCAUCCAUGACCAACUUUUUAGCUCAGCUGACAAAGUCGGAUGCAGCUUGUAGAAUCGCAUGAUCCGUCCGUCAACAGUUGGACACAA